CUCACUUCGUCGCCUCUGGCUCUCGUCGUCGCUCCUCCAGUCACUUGCUGCAUCACCCCCUCACCACCUCGACCUCGACACGCCAUGACCAGAUCCAGCUAAUGCACGCACGCAAGCAUGGAGGUAUCCACGUUCUUCACGCGCCUCCUCCAGGCGCCCAAGCCUGCCGUGCCGGUGCAGGCCCCCGACGACUUCAAGGACUUUGAAGAUGCCUGGCUGGUAGUGAAGGACACGCUCGAGCAUCCCGACGAGCGCCAGCUCCGGAGAGGCAUCCUCACGACCGACGUGCCGCGGCACCUCAAGCACAUUGUGGACGCGCUAGUAUACGAGAGCAACCGAACAGACGAGGACACCACUGGCGCCUGCCUCGAGUACUUCCUCCGAAAUGACAUGCUGGCGCAGCUCGAACGCCUGUGCGAGCGCGACCGGCCCCACGGCAUCAAGGCCGAGGUACUGCGCACCGUCAACAACCUCGUUGUGCUGCUCUCCGAGCGCUUCCUAGUGCACAAUGCCGUACACCGCCCGCUCCGCCGCCUCCUGCGCUCGUGCAUCGGCGACCUGCCAGAGGAGCACUAUGACGGCGAGGCGCGUGUCUUUGGGGCCGCGGCGGACGAGGACGACUACGGAUGGGAGGGCGAACUCGAGGAGGACCUCGUCGACCUCAUGUGUAUCCUCUGCUCCCGGAUGAGAGCGUACCCACCACUGUUAUUGAUAUUCUUCCACGACAAGGGCUGGCUCCUGCCGCACCUGUCGUCUGGCGCGCCGCAGCCUGGCCGCGCCCUAUCUCCCGUCCCAUCAAUCGACACGUCGAGAUCCAAGACGGCGUCGACGCGCACGACCGACACCGAGGCGACAGCAGCCCACUUCGAGUUCUUACUCUUCUCGUACCUCCUCCGGUUUGUCCACCGCGAGGGCCGCACCGGAGACUUUGCGCGAGCAGGUCUGCUGUUCCUCUUCGAUAUCACCUUCUUGCCACCGGGAGAAGAGGGGGCAGACAACCUGUCGCUCACUCCCGUUGGGGAAGGAUUGGACCCGUUGCAGGACGCGCGUGACGCGCUGGCAGAAUACAUCCUCGACGGCGACUUUGCCGACGUCAUGGCUGCUGGCCUUGGCGCAGCUUAUUCUGUCCUUCCGACCAAGCUCCAGGUGCCUUCGCUUGCAGAGCUGGCGUCCGUCGACGGCGAGAAGGCUGCGACGGCGGCACCUGCGACAGCAGGCAUGACCAUCGGCGCCGGGACUAAGAGGGACGACGACAGCGACCGCGACGACUUAAUCCCCUCGACUGACAUUGACGUGCGCAACCAACUCGACACGUUGAUCAAGCAGUUUGGGUUCCUCCAGGACAUCCUCUACCGCUGCUCAUCGCCGACGUUGCACGCUGAUCCUCAAGCCCGGACAGUGUCCUCCGCCCAGGUGCUUGGGAGAGCAGUGUCCGACGCGACGCUCGAUGCCAUCCAGACAGCGUUUGUCGACAACGUCCUCUACCCCUCCAUUCUUGAGUGCUCUAGCACCGACGGCAGCGCAGUCGCCGUGCUCACGUACCUCAACGUUCUUUUAGGCAACCUCGAGGACGGAGCCGUCCUCCACCGUAUCCUGGACGCACUCAUGGACUCGACUAUCCGCACAACAACAGGUUCGCCGAACCAGGAGCGGCCACGCCGAAAGACUGGUGCGAUGGACUACGUACCAGCACCUGGCGCUGCGCCCAACUACCACGCCGAGGAACGCUUCACCCUCCGCGACCUCAUCCUCGAGAACCUCCAGUCCGAGAAUGCUGCCAGCGUGGCCGCGGCAAUGCACCUCGUCUACACCCUCCUCGGUGAUCACUGCGGUCGUGUCACCCCGUCACUCUUGGCUGUCGUGCGUGACCCCUCCGCCACAGCCACAGCCCGUCGGACACUGCCGCCAGUCGGUGCCAAGGAGUGGGCCGAGACCCACCUGCCCAAGCCAGUCAACUCAACAGACGUUCACCUGCAAGAGCCAGAAUUGUACAGUGCACUUGUGCCGCGUCUAGACGAUGCUCUGCAGGGAGGUAUGGACACGGCGACAGGGUUUGCAGCUUACCUGUCGGAUACCCAUGCGCUCAUUGAAGUUGACAGGUGUUGGCAACUGUCAAGGAUCCCCCUCCAGUUUGUUUCGGAUGACGGCAAGCCUGCCCUCUUGCGUGUCGGCGACUUUGUUGCCGACCCAUUGCAACAUUCCCUCUCGCCGUCCGACCCUCUGGUCCAGUCCCUCAUGGGUGCACUGUGCGCCUGGUUUACUGCGUCACCAGACGAGAACGUGGCCCUUACGGGAUCCUUGGCCGCCAUUGCUCGCUGCCCGAACCGCUCGUUGUCCGGUUGGCUCCUGUACGACAUCAAGGAUGUUCCCGCCGACCCGUGGGAGGAGAUGCAAAGGCGAUCAAGCCAGGACUCGACUGCCAGCUCGGAUGACGAGCGAAACCGUACUCCGCCGGUCCCUGCCCGCACGACCGCGACACUCCCCGCCCUCUACCAGAUCAUCCGCGGCCUGACCCGCCACAUUGGACGGUUCCGGGGCACGGUCGAGGACUUUGACAGACUGCUGGCCGAGCGGAGACAGGGUUUGCUGUUCACCGACCACCUGGACGAGGCGAUGAACGCCAUGCUAGACGUCGAGUCGUCGCAUGUCGGCUUUGGCCUGCCCCCGCUGCCACCGCCGUCACUUGUGCCGUCAACUCCACCACUGCGCAAGCCGACCCUCGCAAGCUCGAUCCGCGCACUGUGGUCGUCUCCCCGCAAGAAGCGCGAUAGCCAACCAAGCACGCCGAGACCGGGCACGCCAUUCCUCAACGCCCCGAGUCCCAACACGCCCGGGACGCCUUCGACACCUUCCAGGCCAUUGCCUGCGCCGGUGCCGGUGCCGUCACCCGGCGCGCUCGCGCCCCCCGGGCCAUCACAGCCGCCUCAAGCCUCGCCGCCGUUCAAGACGCACUACUCCCAGCUGGAAGAGUCGGGCCUGCUCGACGUCGCACCUGUUCCCGGCGUCACUAGCGGCGCAUGGGCCAAGCAAACCGACGAGACCGACGGUGGCACCGCGUCGCCGGCGAUCGCCACCCAGGCCUCGCUCACUUCGAUUCUAGACAACUGCAUCGUACUCGAGGAGCUCAUCAAGGAACUCGUCGCCAUCAUCACGGCCCGCCGUGCGCUCGGCGUCGACCAGGUCGGCUUCAUGUAG